UCCUAGGAACAUGUAAAGACACGGACAAAAUUCAACACUCCGAAAAACCGACAAAACAUCAACACAAUAAUGCAACUUCUACACAAACACCAACCGACAAUACUGUUGCGCGAAAUGGCCCAAUCUGCCCGAGAAGGAUCGGCGCAUAACUUCGAAGUUAAAGAGAAAGGAUCAUCCAACGCAUCUCUUAUGCUGAUGAAUCCAGUAGCGAGCGGUGAUAACAUGACGAUCAAUUUGAACACACAAAAAAUUAAAGAAGAUCUACCACCGCUUGUACCAUGCUGUGAAGGAAGAGAACUACAGAUAAACGAGGAUAUAUUUGACAAUUGUCUGUCAGCGAUAUCCGUGAAGCACGACGACAAUGUUAUCCAUUCCGCUAGCAUGUCUUGUGCCUGUGAGCGAAUGCAGGUGCCACCAGGAAUUGUCAAGCAUCGCAAUUCGUUCCGAAGCUUGCACAGACCGGACUUGAAGCGGGUGCCGUACCUUCGUCGGAUGACGGCAGAAGAAUUGGAAACUCUAUUCCUUGGUUAUGCUGAUAUACACAAUCGUAUCACCGGCAAGAACGAUAUCAAACUGGGUUCGCGAACUACACCACAGCCAGAUACGAAGGAUGUUAGGAGAAAGGACGAACUGAAAUCUACGGCUGUUCCAGACGAGGGUACGCUACAUCCGAUUCCUGAGAUCCAUUCAGGAGUUAAUGAGAUCCCGGCGGGGAUGAGACUACAUGGAGCGAGGGCCCGGCUCUACACCUCUGUGCUUUCCGGAGCUAAGGCUGGCGAUCAACUAGAAAGUCUAUCGGCUAACGAGCAGUUCGAGAAUGGCGUCUUGGACAACUCUCUCCAUGAAGACGAGGUACAGCUGAAUGAAGAACUACAGAUUAUAUUGCCGCCCCGAUGUGAUGACGUCGCCGACCCUUCAAAUACCAACUCUGCGUUUAAUUAAAUAUCCAAAUACAUUGCCAAAACAUUACCUUUUGCCACGAUACCAUGUAGUUAAUGAAGUCGCUAAAACUACAAAAGAAAGCGAAAAAAUUGUUGACUACAUUAAGCCUGUACACUUAUUGGCUACUAAAUGAUUUUAUAAACAGGGUGUAGGGUUGCAUAUUUGGAGAAAUAAAAGAUUAUUCAUGUGAA